GACAUCCGCCAUUUUUGUUUUAUGUCGUCGUGUUUGGUGCUCAUCUCCCCCAAACGUACACGAUUUUUAGGUGAUCCCAGAAGUCUUGGAGAACGCUAACCACCAUAGACUUACAGAGAUGGCGGAUUUUACAUGUGUGUCUCCCGUUAAAGAGCUUCAUGUGGAACAAACUUUGAACGAGACGCACAUCAAAGAAGAGCCAACAGGAGACACUGGAUGGCAACAGGAUGGACAAGAGAACGUGCUGUGCCAGAAAACGUACAGUGAGGACCAGGAAACCUACAACUACCAGAAUGAAACCAAACUAACUGGGUACCCUUGGAGUGAGAAUUACAACAGUUGGGAGCAGAUAAAAGACACGGGACGGCAACAGGACGAGGAAACGACCGUUCCAAAUGACGAAACGUGCGGCGGUGUAAGAGCAGAAAUGGAAGAGUCCAGUUGUGGAUUUUUUAGUGUCGGAGAACAUCCUGGGAAGGAGAUGGGGCAUUCUGGACAACCUGGGAAGGAGAGUGACAGCAGGGAGACCCAGACAACAGACAUGGGCCUGCAGCAGGAAACGUGUGAUGUGAAAUUUCCCCAACCUGACAACACAUCAACCUCACAGGUACAGGAGAGCAGAGGCAGUAUCGGAAGACUUGUGGUUAAACACACUGUUGAGAAACCCUACAUGUGCGGGAAGUCACGGAAAUCAAAUUUCAACAGGCAUAUCACUGAAAAGCACUCCGAUGAGAAACCCUACAUGUGUGAAGAGUGUGGGUACUUUACGGCUAACAGAACUCUCACCUCGAUCGACACCUACGAAAACACUAGUGAGAAACCCUUCAUGUGCGGAGAGUGUGGGUACAGGGUGGCUCACAAGUCGACCUUGUCUGUACACAUGAAAACCCGUCAUUACAGCUAA